AGGGUCGCCUGGAUUGCGCCCUUCAAAGCAUUCCUUCCCUUCUGCUAUCGACUUCUCGCGUUCGUUUACAUCGUAUCUCUCCCUAUGGGCAGGGUGCAAUCAUGAUGGCAAAAUACUUUUUCCUCGGUCUCAUUUUAACGGCCGUCAGUGCCAGUAGCAGCGUCUCCAAUCUUGAAGGAACUUGGACGACUAAGUCCCGCCAGGUUGUGACAGGUCCGGGCUUCUAUGACCCAAUUAACGACAAAUUCCUUGAACCAAAUCUCACCGGCAUCUCAUACUCGUUCAGUGCGGAUGGCCAUUACGAAGAAGCAUACUAUCGGGCCAUUGCCAAUCCCCAGGAUCCUUCCUGCCCAAAGGGGAUCAUGCAGUGGCAGCAUGGCACCUAUACAGCUAAUGGUGAUGGUUCCCUGGACCUGACUCCGAUCGCUGUUGAUGGACGCCAGCUCUUAUCAGAUCCAUGUUCGUCUCCGCAGGGAGCCUAUACAAGAUACAACCAAACCGAGCACUUUGAAUCGUUCACUGUUUCGGUGGACUCAUACCAUGGUGUCCAACGCCUCGACCUCAAGUCCUUUGACGGAUCGCCGAUGCAUCCAAUGUAUCUUGUGUAUAAGCCGCCGCAGAUGUUGCCCACCCAGACUCUGAAUCCCCUAGGCUCCGGCAAACGUAAACGCCAGGUUGGGGAUCCCGAAGGUCGAUUCAACAUAAAGAACCUGGUCAGCAGCGAGAAAGUUGGCGACCCUAACAACUGGUUAUGGCUCGGUAUCUUCAUGACGGCACUUGGCGGUAUUACCUUGCUCCGUUCUUAGAAGGCUAUGAGACUUUGCAGGUAACAAUCACGGCGCGACACGAUGAAUGGUUGGUCUAUGAACGGAUCUGGAGUUCGGAAUAUUAAUGGGAAGGCAAUCGGGAUGGGAUAACCAGGAAUUGCACUACUGGGAAUGGCAUACGGCAUGGCGCUGGGAACUUCUUCACUUGGAGCGCUACAUGGUCUCUCUUUAAUUUUGCCACGUAGCUUGCUUGUUUCGUUAUAAAUGACUUCGCAUUCAGCCCCCACGAACUGAUCAAUAAAUUGCCUCUGACCCUUGGUUAG